AUGGGAAUAAAGUGCGACAUCAAAACAGACCAAGUAACAUAUUGUCCAGGACAAACAGUAAAAUGUAACGUUCAGCUAGAUUUUGAUAGUCCGGUGAAAAAAAUAAAAAACAUAUCAGUACGUUUCAAAGGCGAAGCUGGCACAAAAUGGACGAGAGGAGCGGCAAAGAAUUCAAUUACUUUUACAGCGGAACAGGAAUACUUUAGACAUUAUACGUACAUAGUUGGCUCUAAGGAUUCCGGUAACGACACCGAACUAUCUGCCGGCACGCAUAAUUAUUCCGUGCAAUUUACACUCCCAACGGCGAUUCCGUCGUCAUUUGUCGAGCGACAUGGCUACAUUCGGUACACGAUUAAGGUACAUGUGGAUGUUGCGUGGGCGUUUGACAGCAAAUUCGUGGUCGAGUUCAACGUUUGUGCUCCCUUGGAUCUGAAUAAGAUGCCGGAAACGCAGUUGCCCGUCUGCAUUGAGGAAUCGAAGCGUUUCACAAUUUGCUGUAUUCCAUUGGGUGGCAUUUAUCGCUUGACCUUCAGUAUGCCCUACAGCGGUUUUUGUAACGAUCAAAAGAUCCCGAUUUGCCUGGAAUGCGUGAAUAACAGCAACGUUUACGUGAAAGGUCUGAAAGUGGCGUUGCGGAAACUCAUCACAUAUCACUCGGAAAUUCCGCAUGCCGAGACAAAACGCGAUGACAUCAAAGUGGCUGUACUGAAGUUCCAAGUGAGUGUCGAUAAGCAACAAACGAAGCAAUUUAGCGGUGAGCUAACGGUGCCUGCCAAAACGGCCACCAACCUGGCCAAUUGUUCAAUUAUCCAAAUUAGUCAUCGGCUAGAGGUAAUUACCGAGCUUAGUGGCUGCCACUCCAACUACGUGUUCGAUGUGCCCGUGACAAUUGGGCAUGUGGGUCCCGUCACGAAUGGCAGCCUGCCAAUUUACAUGCCUUCGAAGGGUGCGAUGGGACAGGGUCCGCCCUCGUAUGACAUCGCGAUGCGCAGCUCCACGUCUGUCGUGCCGCCGAACAUUUGA